AUGAGUUUCAAGGGCUUCCAAAAGAGCAUCGUGCGUGCCCCGCAGCAGAUCAAGGCCAAGUUCAACAUUGGCGAGCACACCAAGGACGCCGUCUACACCGAUGCCGAACGCCGCUUUGACGAGCUAGAGAAAGAGACCAAGAAGCUGCACGAUGAAUCCAAGAAAUACUUCGAGGCGAUCAACGGUAUGCUCAAUCACCAGAUCGAAUUCUCCAAAGCCAUUGCCGAACUCUAUAAGCCCAUCUCCGGCCGCGCGUCCGAUCCCGAUUCCUACAAAUUCGAGGGGAAUCCUGAAGGUAUCCAGGCAUGCGAAGACUACGAGGCCAUCGUGCGGGAGCUGCAAGAGUCGCUCGCGCCUGAGCUGGAGAUGAUCGAGAGCCGAAUCAUCAGCCCGGCGGACCAGCUCUUGGAGGUGAUCAAGGUGAUUCGCAAGGUCGCCGUGAAACGCGAUCACAAGCAACUCGACUAUGAUCGUCACCGCGCGUCCCUGAAGAAGUUGCAGGAGAAGAAAGACAAGUCGCUGAAGGAUGAAAAGGCGCUGUACAAGGCAGAAAACGAUGUGGAGCAGGCCACGCAAGAAUUCAACUACUACAACGACUUGCUGAAGGAGGAGCUGCCCAAGUUGUUCCGUCUCGAAGCCGAAUUCAUUCGUCCGCUGUUUCAGUCGUUCUACUACAUGCAACUGAAUGUGUUCUACACCUUGCAUGAGAAGAUGCAGGGGAUGAACAUCAGCUAUUUCAACCUUGCUCUCGACGUGGAGGAGGCCUUUGAGCAGAAGCGUGGUGAUGUCCAGGAGCGGGCCGAGGCGCUAUUGAUUGUGCACUUUAAGACAAAGGGACUGGGCCGUUCCAACUCGAAACUAAGCUCGCUCAAGGCCCAAGAGGCCAAGGGCGGCCGCGGUCGAACAUCCUCAAUCUCGUCCGAAAACCCGCCCCCUCCCUACUCGGCAGCCGCCUCGCCCACUGCCGCCAACUUUUCCGCUGCGGCCAAGUCCAAGCCCGCUCCGCCGCCUCCGCGGGCCAAGCCGGCGCACCUCAGCAAGCCUGUCGAGACCGUCGUCGCGCUCUAUGACUAUGAGGCUCAAGCACAUGGGGAUCUGGGCUUCUCCGCUGGUGAUGUGAUUGAGAUUGUGAGUCGGACAGAUAACCAGAAUGAGUGGUGGACUGGACGUGUUGAUGGCCGUGAAGGUCAAUUCCCUGGUCAGUAUUCUUUUGGAGAGAACUUUCACCUUUUCCACCCCCCUCGAUCUCCUUCGAUCCACGUGAACUAA